GGAGCAUUCGAGGUUGGGGUUUCAUGAGUUUCCCAGAAUUCAACUCUAUCUGUUUCUCUCCCUCUGUCGAUCGCCACCACCACCUCCACUGCUCUGCCUGCACCACCACCGCGGCCGCCGGAGGAGGGAGAGAAGGGGGGAGGAUUGAAGAGAACGUGGGGGAAGGUUGGGGAGGGGCGGGAUGAAGUCGUUCCUCAUCUACGUGUUGGUGGCGGUGCUGCUCAUCUACCUCAUUAACCAUGGACCCAAGCAACAGGACCACGGGUCUGACCAUCACCGCCGCCUGAAGCUGCGCUCGGCCUUCACAUUCACCAAAGAGAAGCAUGAUCCCGUUGCCUUUGACCCACUGAUCGCCGAGAUCGAGCGGCGGAGGGAGGACAGGCAAUGGGAGCAGCAGUACUUUCAGGAGCACCACAAGCAUCUGUCCCUCGAGGAUCCGGCUGCUCCUGGCCACGAAUCCCAGCCGGAGUGGGAGGAUUUCAUGGACGCCGAGGACUAUGUCAAUGACGAGGACCGCUUCAACAUCACUUCCCGGCUGAUUACCUUAUUUCCGCAGAUCGACGUGAACCCCUCGGACGGAUUCCUGAGUUCCGAUGAGCUGACGGAGUGGAACUACCAGCUGGCCCUCAAGGAGGUGAUGCACCGGACGGAGAGGGACAUGGAGAUCCAGGACAAGAAUCGGGAUGGGUUCGUCUCGUUUCAGGAGUAUGAUCCACCUAGCUGGGUUCGCCAAUCUGAAAAUGAUUCACUUGCUUUCCAGCUGGGAUGGUGGAGAGAAGAGCAUUUUAAUGCUUCAGAUGAAGAUGGAGAUGGUCGUUUAAAUAUGACAGAGUUUAACAAUUUCUUGCAUCCAUCUGACAGCAAUAACAAGAAGCUCCACAUGUGGCUGUGCAAAGAGGAAGUGAGGGAAAGAGAUACUAAUAAGGAUGGGAAGAUUGACUUUCAAGAAUUUUUCCAUGGCUUAUUUGACAUGAUACGAAACUAUGAUGAUCCAGACCAUAAUGCUUCACAUGUGUUUGAAACCUCAAGAGAGGUACCAGCAAAGAAGCUUUUUGGAGAGCUUGACAGAGAUAAUGAUGGGUACGUGUCAGCAGAUGAACUACUGCCUAUUGUUAAUAAACUUCAUCCAGGUGAACGUUUUUAUGCAAAGCAGCAGGCAGAUUACACAAUAAUGCAGGCUGACAAAAAUAAGGAUGGACGCUUGGAUGUGCAUGAAAUGAUUGAAAAUCCAUAUGUUUUUUACAAUGCUGUUUUUGCUGACGAUGAAGAUGAUGAUUACGAUUACCACGAUGAAUUCCGUUGAUCUCUUAUUUGAUUGAGUUCCUCCAACAAUCCAUUCUUUAUUUCAGUUGUUCCACUUCUAGUUCUACAUUGUGGAUAUCUGACCAUUCACCACACAGGAACCUUACAUGAAGAGGCAAUUCAAAACGUGUAAUUUUUUGUUUGUCUUUUUGAAUUUUUUUCAUCAAGGCGCAGCCACUAGACUAUGUAAGAUUUGGGUUGCUUGCACAUGCAAUCCUUUCAUUGUAAACUUAUAUCUUCCCCACUUCCUGUUAUUAGGAGGUUCUGCUAACAUGUUUGACAGUUAAAUAGUUACUCUUUGAUCAGCUAAACUAGUCAUGAUUUGGCCUGUUUUCCACUGCAAAUUGGAAGUAACAUUUGAUUACAGAUGUC